AUGCAGCCAAACAACAGUAUCUCUGAGUUCAUACUGUUAGGAUUGACACUGGAUCUUAAGAAGCAAAACAUGGUGUUUGUGAUCUUCUUCAUUUUCUAUGUGGGAACUCUGGGGGGCAAUUUGCUUAUUAUUGUGACCAUCAGGUCCAGCCAAACACUUGGGAGCCCCAUGUACUUCUUCCUGUUUUAUUUGUCCAUUGCUGAUACCUGUUUUUCCACUACCACAGCACCUAGACUCAUUGUGGAUGCUCUGUCUGAAAAGAAAAUCAUAUCUUACAAUGAGUGUCUGACUCAAAUCUUUGCACUGCAUUUAUUUGGCAGCAUGGAGAUCUUUGUCCUUGUCCUCAUGGCCAUUGAUCGUUAUGUGGCCAUCUGCAAGCCACUGCAUUACCCAACUAUCAUGAGGCGCCAGGUCUGCAUCAUACUGAUUGGUCUUGCAUGGAUAGGGUCUUUUAUACAUUCUAUGGCUCAGAUUAUCCUGGCUUUGAGACUGCCCUUCUGUGGAUCCAAUUUGAUUGAUCACUAUUGCUGUGAUAUGCAGCCCUUGCUGAAACUUGCCUGCAUGGAUAUUUAUGUGAUGAACCUACUCGUGGUAUUUAAUAGUGGAGCCCUUUGCACAACUGGUUUUGUAAUGCUGAUGAUCUCAUACAUUGUCAUCUUGCAUUCACUACGAAACCAUAGCGCAGAAGGGAGGAAAAAAGCUCUCUCCACUUGCACUUCCCACAUCAUUGUAGUUGUCCUGUUUUUUGGUCCAUGUAUAUUCAUAUAUACCCGCCCCCCAACUACAUUCCCCAUGGACAAGAUGGUGGCAGUAUUUUAUACUAUUGGAACACCCUUUCUCAAUCCGCUCAUCUACACCCUGAGGAAUGCAGAAGUGAAAAAUGCCAUGAGAAGGUUAUGUCAUGUCAGAAUGAAUUCAGAAAGCAAAAGAUGA